GGUGCUCCCCACGAUACUGAUAUUGAUACCACUGGAGAAUGUUCUCAAUUCUUCGUCAUGUAUCCUUCUUUGUUUCCGCCCCUCGACAACUUUCCAUAUCAGAACUUUGGAACAUUCUCUGAGUGUUCGGCAGACUACAUUUCAUCUUACUUGUCCCAAUUCAAUAGUGAAGACCUUGCAACGUGCCUGUACACUAACAGACCUACUAGAAAAGAAUUUUUAAAUCAGUUCUGUCAAGGUUUACCCGGAACAAAAUAUGGACCAGACGACCAGUGUAAAAUCUUCUUUGGCAUGAACAGUUCCGUCUGCUCGUCUGGAAAUGAUAAGUUACUGGAGGGAUAUGUUGAUUACAAUCGAUGUAGACUCGAGUUAAAGGAUGGGUCUUAUGUUAGACUAUUUCAAUGUUCCAAUGAAGGAGAUUGUGAAAAUUCGUACGGGGUACAGGAUGUUUUUGAUGGUACCAGAUGUUUAGAUGAAGAUGGAACUAUGGGAGAUAAGUAUUGUUAUCACGGAGAAUGCCAAGAGAAAUACAAGAUUUGCAAUCCUGAAGAUUAUCCUGGGAACUAAAUUGACAAUGCGAAUUAGGACAAUCUUGAUACAAUCACGACUCAAAAAUUAUUUUUCUUCAUAUAAGAUUCAAUAUUUUCUUACCAGUUUAAAGUUCUCUUCCUCUGUGAAUUUUAACAUCUUUUCUAUAUUUUAUGAUUACUUUGCUGAUAACAAAUCGUUACUUUCAAAUGUCAACAUAAUAUUUGUUUUUCGAUCAAAAUAAAAUAGCAUUCAACAGAA